AUGACAACAAGUCUUGAGUCAUGUUUGACAGAGAAAGAAGAUAGUGGGAGUAAAGAAAUGGAUUUGGAUUGUUGCUGGAAUGAUGCGGCACAGACUUAUAGCGGUGAUAGUAACUUGGGAGGGGGAGGAGAAGAAGAUGGAGAAGAAGAAGAAGAAGGGACUGAUAUAGUGGCCUUGGAUUUUAACUUCUUGGACAAUGUUGGAUCAUCAUAUUACUACUCUCCUUUUGAGAUUGCAGAGGAGAUUGAGGAACCUGUGGAGCCUGAAUACUGCGGUGAUGAACCUUCAAUGCUCAGGGCUGCUAUGAAGAGGAUGAAGUAUGAAAGGAAAUUCUCGGCUUCUCUCUAUGCUUUCAACGGGAUACCUGAGUGCUUGAAAUUGAGACUUGCAUCACAAAAUGUGAAGGGGAGAGCAAGGUCUGAUCACUCAACCAAACUUCAAAAAGCAUGUGAUGAUUAUAAAGAGGAGGAGAGGAAUGCAAAUGAAGAUAAUACAGAAGUCAUGAAGAAACAGGAGGAAAGGGGUGGUUCGAAUUCGAACAUCAGGACCAGUUUUCAGAGAAAUUUGGCAUCUACUUAUACCCUUCUGAGUGAUGGAAUAAAGCAAGGUUUCAAAAUGGAUUCGCAUCACAUGCACUCUAAAUACUCUGCAUCUUCAACUGAAAAAAUAAUAGAGACUAAAAAAAUGAAGGACGGAAAUUUCACUUUUAUACCUCCCACAUACCACCACAUCACUUGCCGAAUGGAAAGUCCCAAUGAAAACAAUGUAGAAUCUUCUCUAACCUCUGCUAAUUAUUGUUUCUGA